AUGACAUUGUCUCCCUCCAUUCCUCAUCUCCGGCAGACAGGGUCUGCCACCCAGCUUAUCGUUCAUGGCAAGCCAUUUCUCGCCCUUGCUGGUGAGCUGCAGAACUCUUCUAUGACCUCGGCUGAGUUUAUGGAACCUGUUUGGCAGAAGCUCGUCGACACAAAUAUUAAUACCGUGCUCGGGUGUGUCACCUGGGAAGAUCUAGAGCCUGUUGAGGAUCAGUUUCAUUUCGCUGAGCUGGACAAGGUCAUUCUGGGCGCAAGGAAGCAUGGCUUGCAUCUGGUACUGCUAUGGUUUGGAUCAUUCAAGAACGGUAUCUCCACAUAUGUCCCGUCAUGGGUCAAGACCGACACCCGAAGAUUUCCGCGAGCAAAGCUGCGACAAGCCGAUGGCGAGCUAAAGACCGGUGACGUCCUGUCGAUCUUCUACGAAGAAGGCGUCAAGGCAGAUGCAAAGGCCUUUGCACGUCUUCUAAGUCACCUGAAAGAAGUAGAUGGUGCACACUCCACUGUACUCAUGGUGCAGGUCGAGAAUGAGACGGGUCUUUUAGGCGAUUCUCGAGACAGGUCUGCCGCAGCAGAGAAGCGCUUCAGCGAGUCAGUCCCGACAGAUCUCCUGCAAUUCCUCGUCCAAGAUUGGGACCACCUCCACCCUGACCUAAAAGCAAACUUGAAGUUGACCUAUCUCAACACCCAAACAAAUCUAUCCGGAAGAUGGACGCAAGUCUUCGGUGAAGACCCACACACAGACGAGCUGUUUAUGGCAUAUCACUAUGCGAAAUACAUCAACCAUGUCGCCGCAGCCGUCGGCGGAGGCGGCAAUCCAGGCGAUUACCCGUCGGGAGGAGGCACCAGCAAUGUCCUCGAUAUUUGGCAGCAGUUUGCGCCAUCGCUGGAUUUCAUCGCGCCAGAUGUCUACCUAAAUGAUUACAGCAGUUCCUGUCGCAAAUACCGCCACCGGAACCAGUCGCUGUUCAUCCCCGAGCAGCGACGCGAUGAGUACGGUGCAAGACGCAUCUGGGUGGCUUAUGGAUCGUAUCAAGCUAUUGGGGUCUCCCCCUUUGGUAUUGAUACGCAGGUGCCCGCUACAAAUCCAUUCACCAAACAUUACGGCCUGUUGCAGUCUGUGGCUCCGCUGGUGCUCGAGGCACAAACUCGUCCCGAUGCCUCCGUUGGGUUUCACUUUGAUGAGUUGUCAGGAGAUGGGGAUAACGUUGAUACCUCCAAGCCGGUGGUCAAAUCCUGGGGUGGCUAUGAGAUCACCAUCGAGCGAUGCUUUGUGUUUGGAAAGCCAGGACCUGGUGCUGGCAUGGUGAUCCAUCUGGGUGGGCCUCGAUUCCUAUUAAUUGGGUGGGGGUUCCAAGUGCGGGCGAAGGCACUGUCGCCAACGUCGAGUUUCACUGGCUUCUUGAGUUUCCGGGAGAAGAAGGUGGUGAACAAAGAGACGGGGGAGCUACGCACGCUGCGAGUAUUGAAUGGAGAUGAGACGCGGAGUGGGAUCUUUGCUAUGAUGCCGAAUGAGGAUCCGGACUACGGUGGGUUCCCGAUCUGUGUGACAGUGCCUGCCCAUACUAUGAUUGCCGAGUUGGAAGUAUACUCGAUUGAGAAGGUGGAUGAUAUGUAA